GGUAAAAAAAACGAGGCAGUCGUCUGUGGACAAGCCGAACGACUUGACGUACGAGCCGAACGGUAAAAGGCGAAGAAGAAACGCCGAACGACAAAGCGAUUUUCGAGCGCGGUUUAAAACGCAUGCGCAAACGGCUGCAAAAGCGGCGAUUUCAGUUUUUUUGGAGUGAUAAAAGUGAUUUUGAAAACCAUUCGAGACUUCAAAAUUUGGAUUUUUUGUUAUGUGACUUGAAUGUACUGCAAACAAUUCAAACUAAAAUUAUUUGGGUGAUUUUGAGUGCUUUCAAAACGAUUGCACAGAUUUAAAAUCUCAAGACAAUUUUAAUUCUGAACCUAAGAGUUUUGAAAUUAAUCGAGAGGAUUCCUAACAACUAUUAAAGGAUUUCGUUUUUUUUUUUUGAGUGGACUCAAGUGAAUUUUUGUAAAACACCUUAAGACUUUAAUAUUUUUUCAAGUGAAUUAAAACCCAAGAUUUUGAAACACAUAAGAACCGUUAAUCGAGUGAUUUGGAUUUCGAAACCGCUCCUUUUGAUCACAAAAAACGGUUGAACCCUUUAAAGAUGUCUCCCCUGACAUCGUAUUGUGGGCUCCUGCUCCUGGGAAUUUUGGGAAUCCCCUUAGCACAGGGAAUCCCCGAUGACGUGUAUCUCAAGAUGUUCCCGCAACAGUCUCCGCCGGAUGACCUCUGCUACACCAAGGCCCACGAGCCGCGUGUCUGCAUUCCGGACUUUGUGAACGCCGCCUACGAUGCCCCGGUUUUGGCCAGUUCCACCUGCGGAGCGAAUGGUGUCCAGCGGUACUGCGAGUUCCAGGAUCGCGAGCGGGAAAUGUCCUGUCACACCUGCGAUGCCAGCGAUCCACUGCGCAGCUUUCCCGCUCGAUCGCUGACCGAUUUGAACAACUCCAAUAAUGUGACCUGCUGGCGAAGUGAACCGGUCACAGGAAGUGGGGACAAUGUGACCUUGACCCUGUCGCUGGGCAAGAAGUUCGAGUUGACCUACGUGAGUUUGCAGCUGUGUCCGCAUGCUCCGCGUCCCGAUUCCAUGGUGAUCUACAAGAGCUCCGAUCAUGGACUCAGCUGGCAGCCCUUCCAGUUCUACAGCUCCCAGUGCCGCCGACUCUUCGGGCGUCCCGCUCGCCAAUCGAUUGGGCGCCACAACGAGCACGAAGCCCGCUGCAGUGACGUCACCAGACCGCUGUCCUCGAGGAUUGCAUUCAGCACACUGGAGGGAAGACCCUCGGCCCGGGAUCUUGACUCAUCGCCGGUUCUUCAAGAUUGGGUCACGGCCACGGAUAUUCGGGUGGUGUUCCACCGAUUGCAACGCCCCGAUCCGCAGGUUCUACUUUCCUUGGAGGCGGGAGCAGCGGCGGACUUGGCCAGCGGCAAGUACAGCGUACCGGUGGCCAGUGGUCCGGCCAACAACAACAUUGAGGGAAACUCUGGAGCGGAAACAUCGAUUGCCGGAGGAUUGCAUUACGCCAUUUCCGACUUUUCGGUGGGCGGACGGUGCAAGUGCAAUGGCCACGCCUCCAAGUGCUCCACGGACGGCAACGGGCAGCUGAACUGCGAGUGCAGCCACAAUACCGCCGGACGGGACUGCGAGCGGUGCAAGCCCUUCCACUUCGAUCGUCCUUGGGCGAGGGCCACCGCCAAGGAAACCAACGAAUGCAAGGAGUGCAACUGCAACAAGCACGCCCGCCAGUGCCGCUUCAACAUGGAGAUCUUCCGACUUUCGCAGGGCGUCUCCGGCGGCGUUUGCCAGAAUUGCCGACACUCAACCACCGGCCGGAAUUGCCACCAGUGCAAGGAGGGAUUCUACAGAGACCCCACCAAGCCACUCACCCACCGGAAGGUCUGCAAAGCCUGCGAGUGCCACCCGAUCGGCUCAUCUGGCAAGAUCUGCAACAGCACCAGCGGUCAAUGUCCCUGCAAGGACGGGGUCACCGGACUGACCUGCAACCGAUGCGCCAGAGGAUACCAGCAGAGCCGCUCCCACAUCGCCCCCUGCAUCAAGCAACCGCCGCGGAUGAUCAACAUGCUGGACACCCAGAACACCGCCCCCGAACCGGAUGAGCCGCAAUCCUCGCCAGGAAACGGCGGCGAUCGCGGUGGCGCCUCCGGAAUGGCCGCCCAGAACCAAUACUAUCGCACCGAGGGCGGCAGGGAAUGCGGCAAAUGCAAAGUCAGCACCAAAAGGUUAAACCUAAACAAGUUCUGCAAAAGAGAUUACGCAAUAAUGGCAAAAGUAAUUGGUCGCGAUACGAGCAGCGAGGCGGCAAGCCGGGAGUCUCCUCGGCGCGGAAUGGAUCCCGACGCGGCGGACUACGAAAUGGACCAGGAUCGGCCGGGGUAUCGGCCGAAUACCCCGGAGUACGAGUUGCAGGCGGAGGAGGCGGAGGCGGAGGCGGAGUAUCCAGGAGUGGUUCGCUUCGAUCUGCAGAUCCAGGCCGUCUUCAAGCGCAGCAGAACAGGCGAAAGCAGCGGCGCGGGGAGCGUGUAUGGAAUGCCGAGUACAACCCUAAAACGCGGUCCUAUGACCUGGAUCAUACCGACUAAGAACCUGGAGUGCCGCUGCCCCAAGAUCAGAGUGAACAGAUCCUAUUUGAUCUUGGGUCGGGACUCGGAGGCGCCUCCUGGCUAUCUGGGCAUCGGGCCGCACUCCAUCGUAAUCGAGUGGAAGGAGGACUGGUAUCGUCGCAUGAAGCGCUUCCAGCGGAGGGCGAGAUCCUGCGCGUAAUCCUGCAGCUGAAUGUCGUCUAUAAUCCCCGAUUCUCCCUGUUUGUAGUCUCAACAUUCUAGACCUAAGAACUAUUUAAAAUCACUGAGUUGGACGGGAGAAAGCAAACGAAUCGUGUCGCAAUAGCGUUGUCUCUUAAAGAUUUUUUUUUUUUUUUUUUUUUUUGAAACGUCAAAUGAAGAAAUCAAGCGAUUUUGUAGCAGCUUAAAAUCAAACUAGAGGUAUUUAAUUUAUUUAACUAACUUCAAUUGUUAAGCAUCAAUCAAUCCAAUCGGCCAUUGAUCAAUAUCAAUUAAACACACGGAAGUAUCAAUAUGUGUAAUCUAUGUAAUCUAUAUAUACGACUUGUAUUAUUCGCUAAAUUAAGAUUCCUGUCAGCCCAGUUUAAGCAUUUGUGAACGAUUUACGUACUAGGGCCGUCUCGAGAACCGAAAAGAGCGCCAUAAGCAAUAAUUUAUCUGUAAGAAGUACUUUGAUGCAUGCAUGACCCGCAAAAAUCGUAAUUAAUAAAUAUUGUACAGAGCAAAACA